GUAAAAAAUUCAAAGUAAGAGGGUGUGGAUUGACUGUUUCUGUUAAACUCUCUUAGUUAGUUGGUAAUGAUUUUGUCAUUUUUUUUCUUUUUGCAGCCAGCUAAUGCGCUUUUUGGACAACUUUUUAUAGCUCAGAUGAAGGAAGAACGAAAUAAGGAGGCUACUUUUCUUAUUUCAGCCUUCAAGAAAAGUGAGAAAGUUGAUGAACUGCUUGAGUUGGCUGGCUACUACAAGACUUUUCUCAUGAAUUCUUAUCAAGAAGCAAGGUAUGGUUUUGCAACCACAAACAGUGUGGAUAUGAACUAUUUUACUAUUUGCUAUCAUUUAUCUUUCCCUGGUAUAGUGAUCAAUAAUUGUGAGAUCGAUUGGCCUCUUUACUUAAUCAAUAAUUUCUUUUUCAUAUUUGUUUCCCAUGGAAAUGUUAGUUCUUUCAUUUUUAUUUCUCAAAUUUCAAUAUUUUUGGCUUCAAAACUUAUCACAUAUUUCGUUCCUAUUUUUACAUGGUGUCAUUCUUAAUUUUGUCUAAUGUGUAAAGUUU